AUGGAACAGUUGGACGCUGACACAGCGUUCCUCAACAGUGAGUUGGAGGACCGUGUCUACAUGGAGGUACCAAUUGGCGUUGAGAACGCUCAGAACUAUGUGUGCCAGAUGAACAAGGCCAUCUAUGGACUGAAGCAAGCUGCAAGUGCCUGGAACAAGACCAUUCAUCGGGUAUUUCUUGGGUACGGAUUCAAGAGCUGUGGUGCGGACCAGUGCGUCUAUGUCAAGCGUUCCAAGAGCAAUUUCAUUUACGUCUGUCUUUACGUAGAUGAUAUGAUCAUUGCGGCGAAGACUAGUGAUGAAAUUGAUGACGUGAAAAACGCACUCAAGAGUGUCUUUAAGAUGAAGGAGCUUGGACCGGCGAAAUUUAUCCUGGGAAUGGAGAUCGACCAUAACAUGACUGCUGGAACGCUUAUGAUUAAGCAAACGCGAUACAUCGAUGAUGUGGCAAAACGGUUCGGGCAAGAGAACGCUAAUUCGGUUGACAACCCGUGUGCAACUGGUCUUAAGUUGUCAAAGUCGCAAUCGCCAGCAACGGAUGAAGAGCGAAGAAAGAUGCAAUCGAGACCGUACCGCUCCUUAAUUGGAUGCCUACUGUAUAUCACGACGUGUACUCGCCCGGACAUUUCAUUCGUGGUAACGCAACUUUCUCGUUUCCUGGAGAAUCCCGGGACGCAGCAUUGGGACGCUGCUAUACGUGUUCUACGCUACUUAAAGACGACUCGCCAGCACGGGAUCAUCUACAAAGGUGGUACUGGCAGCGUCACAGCUGAAGCCUACUCGGAUGCGGACUGGGGUUCCAACCUCGACGACAGGCGUUCUGUCUCGGGGGUUAUGAUCAUGAUUGGGAACGCUCCGGUGGUGUUCAAAUCUAAGUUCCAACGAACGGUUGCCCUCAGCUCAGCGGAAGCUGAGUAUAUGGCUUUAAGCCUAUGCGUUCAGGAAGUGCUAUGGACGCGUGCGAUACUGACGGACAUGGGAAUGGUACAAAUAAACGCUACCCAGAUAUGGGAGGACAAUGAAGGAGCGAUUGCUUUGGCCCAAAACGCUGGUUAUCAUGCUCGGACCAAGCAUGUGGACAUCCGUCAUCACUUCAUCAGAGAGACGAUCGAAGACGGGACGGUUGCGGUAGCGUAUGUGGACACCAAACAUCAAUUGACCGACAUACUGACCAAGGCGCUAGGAUCCAAGACGUACAAGUUCCUGCGCGAUGCAAACAGUAUCCAGUGCAAAGAAACCAAGCAGUAG